AUGUCCAACGGCAGCUCCAUCACUGAGUUCCUCCUCCUGGCAUUCGCAGACACACGGGAGCUGCAGCUCUUGCACUUCUGGCUCUUCCUGGGCAUCUACCUGGCUGCUCUCCUGGCCAAUGGCCUCAUCAUCACUGCCAUAGCCUGUGACCACCACCUCCACACCCCCAUGUACUUCUUCCUCCUCAACCUCUCCCUCCUCGACCUUGGUACCAUCUCUAUCACGGUCCCUAAAGUGAUGGCCAACUCACUCUCAGACAACAGGUCCAUCUCCUAUGCAGGAUGUGCUGCUCAAGUAUUUCUAUUUUUCUUCUUGCUUGGAGCUGAGUACGCACUUCUCACUGUCAUGGCCUAUGACCGCUACGUUGCCAUCUGCCAACCCCUGCACUACAGGACCCUCCUGGGCAGCAGAGCUUGUGUCCACAUGGCAGCAGCUGCCUUGGGCAGUGGGUUUCUCAAUGCUGUGCUGCACACGGCCAAUACAUUUUCUAUACCACUCUGCCAUGGUAAUACUGUAGAACAGUUCUUCUGUGACGUUCCCCAGAUCCUCAAGCUCUCCUGCUCAGACACCUACCUCAGGGAAGUUGGGCUUCUUAUUUUAAGCUGUUUUUUAGGUUUUGGCUGUUUUGUUUUCAUUGUGCUGUCCUAUGUGCAGAUCUUCAGGGCUGUGUUGAGGAUCCCCUCUGAGCAGGGACGGCACAAAGCCUUUUCCAUGUGCCUCCCUCACCUGGCCGUGGUCUCCCUCCUUGUCAGCACAGGCAUAUUUUCCUACCUGAAACCCCCCUCCAUCUCCUCCCCAUCCCUGGACCUGGUGGUGACUGUUCUGUACUCGGUGGUUCCUCCAUCAGUGAACCCCCUCAUCUACAGCAUGAGGAACCAGGAAAUCAUAGAUGCCCUGUGGAAACUAUUUGAAUACAAUCUACUUCAGAUCAAGAAGACCCCCAUUAUCCCACCAGGGCUCCCUCUACUGUGCUCAAAAGUUCUGCCAGGCCUCUGCUCAGUGAAAGGGCUGAAGGAGGAGGAGAGCAGGUAUUGA